AUGAACAUCUGCAGUGAACAAGAUAAUCCGAGUCUAGAAUACACAGCAAUCGAGACGAAACUACCAGACGACCGUAAAUUCUUUUUUGUAGCCGCUUACGCAACGAGCAACUGCAAAAAGGAAUUUAUGCAAGAUCUCAAAUGCCUUUUCGAUCAACUGAAGUUAAACAACAUCAAUAACUACUAUAUCAUUGCUGGCGAUUUUAAUGCAAAACAUGUGUCCUGGGGCAACUCAUUAAAUAAUAAGAGAGGGACUUCCUUGCACCUAUGGCACCAGGAAAGCCAAGUUACUUUCAGGACAAGAUUGCUCAGUACCGAAGAACCAUCCUUCCCGAGCAGCAAUUCAUACCUGGACCUCUGCCUAGCCGAUAGUAGAAUUAAAUUUCAUAACCUCAUAUCUGGUAAAGUUAAAUGCUUAGACUACGACAGUGACCAUAAAGCCAUGCACAUGACAAUCGCAAUAGAAUCCCACCCCCUAUUAGCUUUCGAUGCAGACAAUUCAACUCAAAGAAGGAACUUCAAUAAUGUUGACUGGCCCAAAUUCAAAAAAUUCCUGCAAGACAACCACGAAGAUUACGACAUUCCAGACAAUAGAAACUUAGCCAAAGAUGAAAUAGACAUACAAUUAGGGCAACUAAACGAACACAUUUUAGAAGCAAUGGACAAUACAAUCCCAUACCACGACUUCAAUAAAACAUCUACAACUAAAUUCAUUACACCGCUGAUUAAAAAGUUACGUAAAGAAAAAAGUUUUCUAAUCACGCAAGUAAAUAACAUUUCCAAAAAUAAUUCGCUAUCGCUAGCCGAGGAGAUCCAGGUUAGAGUUCUGAAAAAGUUAUUGAAAAACACUAGGCACAAGAUAAAAUUAGCUUUUCAGGCAUCGGUAAGCAAUUACUGGGAACAAAAAAUUACAAACAUUUCAAAACACAAGUCAAAAGAUCUAUUUCCAAAAAUAAACAGUAUAUUCAGACAUAAAACAUCUAGUACAAUAGAAACCCUUAAAAUACCACAGAACUCACACACUCUACUGCAAGAAGCAAAUGUUAAUAUAAAUUCUCUUCAGAAAGAUAACGACAAUAAUUACAUCAUUAACAAAACAACAGAUAAAUUAAAUGUCAUAGGCGCGCACUUCCAAAAAGUUCAUUUACAGAACGAUCACCUGGGGAAACCACACUUAACAAAUAUAAUCAAUAGAAAAAUCAACGAUUUAAAGCAGGAAAUAGAAACGGACAAAAGAAAUGAACACACCAUUUGUAACUUUUCGGACCAAAAUACUUCUAACAACCCCAAUAGUUCACACAUCCCAGAAAACUUCUUUACAAGCACAAUUAAGUUAAGACUCACUUUUCGCAAACUUAACGGGAAAAAAUCAGCCAGCUUUGACGAAAUACCUAACAUAGUAUUAAAAAACCUACCGACACGAUAUAUUUAUUAUUACGCAAUCAUAUUUAAUAACUGUCUAAACUUAGGGUAUUUUCCCUCCGCAUGGAAAACAGCUAAGUUAAUCACUAUCAAAAAGAAAGAUAAAGAAGGGAACAACCCAACCAGUUACCGGCCAAUAAGCUUACUACCCAAUAUCAGCAAAGUAUUUGAAACCAUCAUCAACAAUGCCAUCAAUAGUCACUGCACUGAAAAAAAUAUUAUCCCAGAAACUCAGUUUGGAUUUAGAUUUCACCAUUCCACCGUACAUGCCAUAACAAAAUUCACUUCGGACAUCUGCUGGGCUAGAAAUGCCGGUGACUGCGUUGGGGCAUGCUUCAUAGAUCUAGAAAAGGCAUUUGAUACUGUAUGGUUAGACGGAUUAUUCUUCAAACUACUGAAAAAAGAUUUCCCCAAGCAUUUGAUUAAAAUGCUUUGGGAUAUGCUCCAUGAGAAACGUUUUUUUGUCACAGAAGGCAAUAGUAAAUCCACCAGAGACUUCGUAAUUGCUAACGGAUUGCAACAAGGUACAGUUAAUUCCCCCGUUCUGUUCAACAUCUACAUCAGUGACUUGCUCCAAAUGUAUGGCCUGAACAAUACAGACGAAAAGAACAACAAAUCAGCAAUAGCCUUCGCGGAUGACCUACUAAUUUACAUAAAAAACAGCAAACCAUCGAUCAUAAAAACACAAUUACAGGAUCUAUUUGAAAAAGUGCAGGACUAUUUCCAAACCUGGAAAUUAAAAAUUAACACACAUAAGUGUGAAACAAUACUGUUUAGGCCAUACAUUUCGACCAUCUCGAAUGCAAGCAACGACGUUAGGAAAAAUUCAAAAAACUUUUCAUUACACGCAGUAAAUAAUAUAAACGAGAAAAUCCCCCGCAAAGAUACAGUAAGGUACCUCGGUGUAUAUCUAGACUUCAAGCUAAACCAUAAUAACCAUGUUAACAUACAAAUUCAAAAAGCUAGCAGAGCCUUCAUAGCAAAUAAAAGAUUGUUUUACUCAAGAGAAUUACACAAAUCCGUAAAAAUCAUCUGUUAUAAAACCUUGAUAAGACCAAUUCUAACGUACGGCUGUCAAAUAUGGUUUAAUAUUUGCGCCGGUACGAUGGAAAAACUACGCGUCUUCGAAAGAAAAUGCAUUAGGGCCUGUCUGAGCAAGUAUAGAUCGCCAGAGUCGAACUAUACUAAACUGAUCAGUAAUUACAAGUUAUAUGAAGAGGCUAAGCUAGUUCGCAUCGACAUUUUCAUGCUAAAGUUAAUCAGAGACCAUUGGACCAAGGUACACAACAUAACAUCAAACACUCUCAUAGCACACUCACUAUACCCAAAUCCACUAUACUUCAAUUACACCAGACACACAGGCUACACUCCUCCGGAAUCCUUUGUCUACCUGGACGGCGAGGGGUAUAUUCAAAACAGCGACAAUAUACCGUUAAUUUACCAUUACAACCGAAGGACAUUUGACAAAAAAAUCCUAUAUGAUAAAAAUAUACAAGCGGACGACAUUAAUUUAAGAUUUAUGUACAAAUUAUCAGCGAUAGACUUAAGUGAUAAGACCAGGAAAAAUACUGACAAAUACUGGUGGCUUUAA